AAGCAGUAGCAGACGAUUUUGAGUUGAGAGGGUUUAAUUUAUGCUAAAAAAAAUUAAGUUUUACGAAUCCGCUGUAUACGAACUAUUAUGCGUAUUGUUAAAUUUAAAAUUUUAGAUUUAUAUAAGUAUUGAUUCGUGGUUAGUUGUAUUUUGGGCCAUCCAACUGUGAACGAUAUCGUAACGCAAUCGUAGGCCCCUAACGCUUAUUCAAGUUUUUGACAAUGUGACAUUGAAUGUCAUAUUUUGAAAAAGUUAACAUGGAUGUUUCAUGCCAAAAACAUUAGUUAUGAGAAAAUUAUCUACAGUAAAACGCCAUAGCCACUCUCAUUCUGAACUGUUACAUGUGGACCGCAAGAAGAGUGCGAAGACAGUAGGAGGAAUACAUCGACUGCGGAAAGGUAAACGUGAUGGUACACCUGAAAAGUCUCGUACCCCGUCCCAAGAGGCUGCACUGGAUGAAAAUAGAUCACCAUCAAGAACCUAUAUAUGGAAUGAAGAGAUUGAGAAAUUGCAGAUCAAAGAAGAUGAACUUAAAAAGCUGUAUGAUCCAAAGCCUCCAUCUGAGAGCCGGAAGACUCCAGUUGUUGCCAGUGUCGUGGUGCGAAAAAUGAAGCCAGCCACAGAGUGGGACAAACCUAAACCAAAAAUAGUAACAGUUGCCAAACCUGCUCCUCCUAAUGCCCCUGUAAAACCUCUGGAUUAUUCUGGUUAUGCUGGGCCGCGAUACCACCACGAUGGUUCUGUUGUUCCACACAGUAUUUUAGGUUCAUACAAAGACUUUCACAGAGAAGCUGUUAAACGUGGAGAUUUGAUGGAUUUGCCAUUUCCAAGACCUGAUGAUGCUGAAGAUGAGGUUCCCACUGUUAAAUACGAGAAGAAACCGAAACAGCAGAAAACUGGUCAAAUGAAGGCAAAUGAAAACAAUGCCUUAAUAAACUGGCAGAUGAAAAUGAGGGAGAGAAAACAGGGAUAUAUAUCCAAACUUUUACAAAAGAACCCAGAAGACCUUGCCAUGAACCAAGCAGACAACUUCCGCAACAUUCAAGAGAAAAGAUACAUCAUAGACCGAACCAUUCCCUUGAUGGAUUAUGGAAAAGGAUAUCGUGUUGGCAGUGAGUUUUGGAAUCAACAAGAACAGUUUGGUGAUGACAUCAAAGGAAUACACAUGACCCUUUCACAAACACAGAGAGGUUAUCCACCACCUGUUGAGCAUGUUGGCAUUCCCCAGUCAGUCAGAAAGGAAAAAGGAUGGACUUGGUCUCCUAACUACUCGGCACCUGUUCACUAUCCUUGGCACAAAGCUCCCUAUUAUGAAACACGAAGGAAACAGCUUCAGAAAGUCAUUGAUGACCUGGACAACCACGAGCCAGAUUUUGAUGGACUGGAAGUUAUUGGGCAGAAUCCCUCCAGAGAUGUCUGUUCCGAAAGUUUUAACUCCCAGUUUGGAGAAGAAAAAAGGAUGCAAGGAACACCACCAGCUGAACAAGACCCAUUACGCGACUACCCUGAUGUUCACACACCUCCAAUUUUCGGUCCCUCUCUUCUGUUUGCUGGACAGCCAGCCCGAUGGGUAGGAAACAGCCAUAGUUUCCGUGGUGAGAUUGGGAUCGAGGCUAGAGUGACAUUCGAGUCGUAUACAGGUGACAGAGUGAUGUCGUACCUGGAAAUCGUCAACGAUGGAACCACAUCUGUGUAUUAUGAUUGGAAGCAAAUACCAAGAGAAAAUCCCUUUGAUUUGGUGCAGGCUAGAAUUCAAAGGUUUUACUUCAAUAACAGCAGUGGUGUCAUUCUACCUGGUGAGACAAUGAAGUUUCCAUUCGUAUUCAAGUCUCCCAAUGCUGGUGUCUUCACCGAGCAAUGGAAGUUUGAGACCCGCCCCGUCAUUAUUGGUGGAGCUGACCUGAUCGUGACACUGAGGGGGGUGGCCCUGCAGGAGGACGUAUACCAGCCAGACAGGAUCCUACUCGAGCAAGAACUAUUUAAAAAGCAGGCAUAUCAAAUUUCUCAAGAGAUUCUCAUGGAAUUGGUGAACAGCAUUCAGAUACCAGUGAGACCGCCUUCUCCCAUUGACGCAUACAUCACAGAGGAAGAGAUAUUUACGAGAAAUAAUUACGGGCUGUACUACCACCACGAGACUGUGGAGAGUCUGAAGGAGAUGUACAUACAGCUGUAUCCGGAAGAGGAGAGGGAUGGCAAGUUCUGGGAUCUGUGUAUACAAGACUUGAAAGAACUUGUGGGAGAACUGGAUGAAGAUGAUGAAAGAAAAGAAGCUUUCAUCACCAAAAUUAAUGAGUCUGUUGCCAAAAUGUCUUUCAGUCCUAAAGAACCUAUCAAAGACCGGCUUUACAGUGUAGGGUACCAGUUGCUGGUGGAAACAGUUGAUGAGAUUGUUGGACAGUCCAUGUUACUUCGUCAAGUGCUGGGAUUACCAGAGAAGGAAUGGGACGAUAUGCUAGAGAGUGAUUUAAGUUCGACAGAUACGUUAUCUGUAACGUCAGACUCAUCACAACCAGCCGAGGUUAAAAAACCCAAACCAGAACCUGUUCCUGCACCCAGUGAGAGUAAACGUGGAAAGCCACUUGACAAAUCAAAGCCAGACCCUAAGGAUAAAAAAGGAGCACCAGGCAAAGACCCUAAGGCAGCUAAAGGUGGAAAGGAGACACCAAAAGGUGAUUCUAAAGUAAAGACGGGAUCUGCGAUGAAGAAGACGCCGACUCGUGGAACAAGCAUAACUCCGGCACCAGUAGUGACACCAACAGGAGAGCUGACAUCGAGCCCUGACAGUCCGCCACCAAGUCCCAUAUUGGACGUUGAUCCCCUGGUAGAGAAGAAAUAUAAAGAAAAACUUUACACUCAGGCUUAUUUAAUUGUAUCUGAAACUAUGGAAAAGAUGGAUUCUGCCUUGGGUGGAAUUCUUGACAAAAGUGAUCAAAAAGAAUUAAAACUGAAGAGCUGUAGCAACGACUGACUGUCGUCAAGCCUGCUCAAACGGCCACCUGUCUUAAACAGACACCUGACUUGAACAGUCAUUUCUUGAUUCUCUUACAGCAGGUGGACACAUGCUGAUGCAGGUUUUACUGCUGACUUCAUCUGUGAUAUUAAAAUGCGUUGUGGCAAUGACUGUAUUUACUGCUUGCUAAAUCUGUGAUACUUAAACAUUUACUGUACUGACGCUUAAGCUGACUUUUUUUAUAUAAUUAUGUAACACAACAACACUUCUUUUCUCCACUCAGAUAAUUGCAAUAUGUUUUGGACAGUUGACUCGACAACUAUGUAAAUUUUAUUUUAUUCAAUAUUAUUUGUAUCAGAUGUCUGUAUUUGGUUGGUUUUUAAACAACAGCACAAAGAAAGCAGCUAGGAUGGAAUAAUAAAUUUGUAUUAUGUAACACAACAAACUCUUCUUUUCCUCACCCUGAUAAAUGCAAUUAGGUUUGUUUUGUUUUAUUUUUGUUUGUGUUUUCUCCUCCGACAGUUUACUCAAUAUCUAUUUACCUGUUAAUUUUAUUCAGUAUUUAUAUUAUCAUUUGUUUGCACUUUUAUGAUAUUUUAACAAUAGCACAAAGAAAGCAAGCUGUAAUAAUAAAUAGAAUAAUGAAAUGUUAUCAGCUUUAGAGUUUUUCAUUGAGGAUAUAAAACCUUUUAUUUCUAUGAUUCAAAAAUAUAUUUGCUCAUAUCAAAGUGUUACAUGUUGCCAAGGAAUGAUAUGUCUCACACUAUCAUUGGAGUCUAUUCAUGAUGUCUCACUAUCAAUGGAUUUGAACAUAAAUGUUGUCCUUUUUCAUAUCUUACAAUAAUUUUACUGUGCCACUUUGUUUAAAGUACAAUUAGGACAUUAAACUUGCAGUAAAUUUUUUUUGUAAAGAUUGUCUAUUGUGAAAUAAUUGUUUCAUGUCACUUGCUAAGCUCCUGACAAAUGGAAUUUAUUGCAGAAUAUCCUACAAUUGAUAACUGGUAGUAUGUGUAUUUGUCAGUCAAUAAGAUUGUGUCAAUAAUAAGAAUUCAUGGAUGAAUGAAAAUUAAAAGUCAACUGUAGUUUGAAAAAAAAGAAAUGUAAUGUAAUUAAGAGCUUUAAUUGAGACCAACUUGAGCGACAGUGAUCUGCAGUAACAAUGCUAUCUGCAGUAACUGCAUUUAGCAUUGCAGUUGCUGCCACUAUAUACUGUUAUAAAAAUUACAAAAUGUUGUAGCCUUGAUGCAGAUAAUAUCUUGCAAUCUGUAGUACUGCAGUUAGCAUUUUGGGGAUUUUUGUUCAUUGACUGAAAUAUCACAUUUUUGCAACUCAACUGUUAUAAACUGAAAGAUUCAAAAUAAAAAAUACACAUACAUUCUCCCCCUUCUCUCCCCUCCUUCCCUCUAUCCUUUUCUCCCUCUACCUCGCUCUCUCUCUCUGUCUGUAUCUCUGUGUGUGUCAAGAAAAUGGUACAAAUGUAUAAUUGCAACUGUCCACACAAACCUCGCUAACUCCAUUGCCAGAAAAUCAUUAGAAACUGUAAAACAAUGUACACUGCAGAUGAUGCUGAGUUGUGAUUUAGUUGAUCUUUGUUAACCUUUUAAUAUUUAGAACGACGGACGUGUCUUAUAUGGUUAAAUAAAACAAAUUAUUUCUCACGUGUUCAGUAUACUACAUGUUAUUAAAAAAGGUAAUAUUUCAUUAUAAUUGCAGUAUUGCACAGAAAUAAUAAAAAUAACCAUUGAAGAAAUAGUGUGGUGGUGUCUUUUAAACAUGCAUUUCUGUUUCAAAUCCUUCACAAUUCGUUCAAGAGUUUGGUGUGCUCUCUUCCAUAUCCAUCCUUAACCAUAGGUCCGAUGCCAUAUAAAAUGUGUCGAGUGUGUCGUUAAAUAAACCAUUUACUUCCUUCCUCUUCCAUAUCCCUACUGUUUCCUCUUUUUUUUAAUGGUUUGUACAAACACAGGUUAUCAGAUGUGAAGAAAACAUUUUUAUACAUUAUAUGUUAAAUAAGCACUACGUAAAAUUACACAAAAAAACUACGACCAAGUCAUAUGCAUAUGUACAUGUUUGUUAGCGACGAGAGCAAUAAUUAGUGGCACUGGUUUCAUGAAAAAAUACCCUAUCAACGUCCAUCAACCGAGUACCUGUCAUCAAUAAAACUAACAGCUUAACCAUCACGUCAGCAGUGCCAGCCUAUAUAACCAGCCUCGAUGGCACAGUGGUCUAAGCCAUCGGACUUAUGGCUAGUAGGUACUGAGUUUUUAAAGACUCAAUGGGCAGAUGUAAGGCCACCACUCUACUUGCUCUCUUACUAGCACUUUUACUAAAAAAAAAUAAUAAAAAACUAACACUAACCACUGUUCUGGGCAGACAUAUCACAUAGCUGAGGUGUGUGCCCAUGAUAGUGCUUGUGAACUUUCAUUGGAUAUAAACACGGAAAUAAAUUAAAAUGAACGAGAUACUGUGAGUAUAUUUAAUCUGUGAAAGUUCACCAUAGUUAUAUCAACCAAAUGAAUUAACCAGUAUGUCGAGUAUUGGUCAAACUUAGCUAUCGGGUUUCAUGUUGUCAGGUAUGGAUUUUAUUUCCCAAUACACAUACCCUAACCCAGAAUGAGUGCACCGCUAUCUUUAGUGGUAAGUAUAUGUAAGCCAAAUACACCGACUGGUUCUUCAUGACUAGUACAUGCUUUUCAACUACUGUGGUAUGAGCUGUCCUGUAUGUGUGGAAAUGUAUAAUUUAUAAAGGUUAACAUGGUAAUAAAAGUAGCAGUGAUUUUUCUUUCAAUCUAAUUGGUUUUUGACACGAUAUCCUAGUAAGAGUUUCAUGCUCAUGACGGUAUGUUUAAACCUUAAUAGAAUUUCAUCAUUAAAAUGCAUUACAUCCUCAUCUGAUUCAGAUGCAGGCAAAGCAAUUUUCUUAUAAACUUAUUUGCUUGUUUGAAUGCUAUUUUCGUUCUUAUGUUCACUUAAGGUUCAGGCACGCUAACCUGGGCACAUACCUCAGCUGUUAAUGUAGCAAUCUUACAUUUUCCCACACAGCUGUUAAAGCCUGUUACGUAAUAGUAUGUGAUUAUCUAAUGAUCCUUACAACACAUGGCAGGUUGAUGUCCCAUAUACACUUGUACAACAGAUAGCGACAAACAUAACAGAUGGCGGUUCGAAAUCCCUUUUUCAGCUACUACAUAUGUCGAACCCUAUAACAGAUAGCGGCAGCAACUGCAAUGCUAAAUGUAAUUACUGCAGAUAACGUUGUUACUGCAGAUCGCUGUAGCUCACAUCUUAACUUUUUUUACCUCCUUUCUUAACACUUAAUCCAUUCUGUUCUAUAAAUUACGGAAUAUUUGUACAGGUUUUACAAUAAUGAUCAGUAUUACUGAAACAUUUUAAAUCCAUUUAAAAACACUAAUAAACUAUUUAAUCAUGUUUUAGCAAAGAGAUGUGUGAUGUGUACAUUGUGGCUUUGAUCCUCCAUGUCAUAAAAAAAAAAUUCAAUCAUGACAGCAUCACUAUUUAAUCCUGAAAUGUUAUUUUUAAUUGUUCUCACUGGUAUUGUGUUCAAGUCAAGUACCAUUUUACUGUUGUCUAUUCAUGUUCUUCAUAUGCAGGCAACUGGUUUGGCACACUCUGUACUACUUUAUCUUCAGACUAACAUGUAAACCACCCAUGUAGCUUUCAACUAACUUGUUUGUAACAGUGUAAAUCCUCUGUUAUUUUCUUCAUCAUAUUGUUUCAGUUAGAAUAAACAAGUACAAACAUA